CCGCCCGCGCUCCACACCGCGGGUAAACAGUUACAGCCGGCGAGGCCAGCACGCGGGGGAGCCCGGCCCAGCCUUCGCCCGCACGCCGGGGAGCGCGCCUCGGAGGCGCAGACGAGGAGGCGCGGGCGCCGGCGCGGCGAUGGAUUUCCAGCAGCUGGCGGACGCUGCGGAGCAAUGGUGCUCCAACACGCCCUUCGAGCUCAUCGCCACCGAGGACACCGAGCGCAGGAUGGAUUUCUACGCCGACCCCGGCGUCUCCUUCUACGUGCUGUGUCCGGACAACGGUUGCGGCGACAGUUUUCACGUGUGGAGUGAGAGCGAGGACUGCCUGCCUUUCUUGCAGCUAGCACAGGACUACAUCUCCUCCUGUGGCAAGAAGACACUCCAUGAAGUCUUGGAAAAAGUCUUCAAGUCCUUCAGACCUUUACUGGGGCUUCCAGAUGCAGAGGAGGAUGCCUUUGAAGAGUACAGUGCCGACGUGGAGGAGGAGGAGCCUGAGGCGGACCACCCCCAGAUGGGGGUCAGUCAGCAGUAAAACUACCAGGGCGCCUCUGGAGAAGGAGAGUGAGCCCUGCGGCACCCUUGGCAGGGUUGUGUGCUCCUGGGUUAGCAUUUUGCUUUAGCACCUCAGAACAGGACGUCCGGCUCCCAGCAUCCCAAUUCCAAUGAAAUACCUUUUUAAUGACCACAAAGUAUCUGUGAUAAGCUUUGCUCAGAAGUGACCUGAGUUUUAGUCCCACUGCAGGUGGGUUUCUAUGGAAUGGUCUUGGUAGCCUUUGCCACUUUGAAUCUAGAGUCCAUUUUGUGGCUGCCUAUUCUCUCUUGAGUUUAUGUUGAAGAAUUAACAUUCACUGACUGGAAUGCAGAGAACUGUGAGUGUAUUAAGGAUGUGCUUGGAGUCCUCACACAUGCGCUCGCUGAGGAAAGGCAUGGCAGAGACGAGCAGUCUGUACUUUUUAUGUACUUUUAAGUGUCCGUAAGUGAAAGGCUUUGCUUAUAAAGCAUGAGUUUUAAUAGCUAGUCAUUGAACUGCGCAAGGGCAGAGGCAAGGGCGGAAGAGGAGAAUCACUUAGCUUUGAGUGAAGGGGUAAGAGAGGCAGAGAAGCCGUGAGGGUCUUGCCGUUACUAAAUUAGUACCUGCGUAUGUGUCAGCUGGUUCCUGAAUAGGUGUAAAUGUUACUUCCAUGUUCAGUUGUUUGAAAAUAUGCUAAUUCCAAAGCUACUUUUAAAAUCUAAUAGUGGAAGAUAUACAUGGGGUGAAAGACAUAAAUUAUUGACUUCUUUCAGCUAUUUAUAAAGUGUCCUACAUAUGAAAUCAAACAUUUACCUUUUCUCUUUCUAAUGAGGUGGAAACUUGUUAAAUUGUGAAAACUCCUAGAAUCCAAGUAAGUGCCACUUAAAUUUUGAAGCCAUAGAUAAAUUUAAUAGGAAAAACACAUCAGGAUAAAAAAUAAUUUUUAAAUACAAUGAAAUUCUCCUUUACUUUCUUAAUCUUUUAUUCUUUAAAAAUGAAAAGUCAGGAAAAGGCUCCUGUUACGUUAUUUGGUAAAAAUUACAAUCAAGUAAGUAAGUAAGAGACCUCAUGGCCGUGAAUUCUUCGAGGGCCGUGGAGGUAGGAGUGCUCUUCAUGGGUUCAGAGGGAGCUUUUUAAUGAUCAGGAUACUCAGACAACUCACAAAGGCAGUUGCUGCCCUUUAGCCAACAGAUAUUUACGGGUACGUCCUUUGCAACGCUACCGUGGAAUUAUUUGAAAUGCUCAUCGUCUUGGACCCUUCCACAUUUCUGAUUCUAAUAUCUAAGGACACAUGUGGUGCCGCCUGUAUACUACUUGAUUAGUGGCAGCCUCUGGCUUGGGCAUGUCUUAAUCAUGAACACAUGUGCCCAUUAGGUCAUUCGCAUUUUGAAUUUAACAAAAGAAAUUCCAGGAGUAGCCGAAGCCACAGGACUCACGGGCGUCUUGUGUAUUAUCUUCCAGGCGUGUCGGUGUAAGCCUGAUCAUCUCAGCGUUUUCUGUUUGAGUGGUACUGUGGGGAGUUCAGCCAUUUGUGGUCAGAUAGUGUACUGCAGUCUUAAGUCCUCAGGUGAAAUAACACAGUGGUUUCCAUCUGUGCUUUAGUACCCACGUUUUCUUCUUUACUUGGGAAAUAUGAACAGUUAAUUUCAAGUUAAAUGCAUUUUUUUCACGUAGCCUAUUAGUGAAGCCCACCCUGGGGUGAGUGGGUCCCGCCCUCUGCAGCCGUGCCUGUGUUCACGUGGGCUCUGCUCACCAGCACGGAGGGCCGGGCUCUCCAGGCUGUAGUGUUGCCUAGUUUGGUAACGUCCACUUUUACACAACAGGCUGCAAGAAUGCCUUCCACAACAGAAAUGAAGCUCUGCUAGCUUGCUGCAUCCUAAGGUAAACUGGAAUUUUAUACAUAGAGACUUCAAAUCUAAAUUUACAUAUGUUUGGAAAUGGAAUGGACAUUAAUAUAAAACGUAUUUUAUCGAGAAAGUAUUUAGACUUUGUCCGAUACAUUUCGGUAUUAUCAUGUUAAUGUUCUCUGUGUAACAGUGGAGCGGAGAUAGACUGGGCCAUUCAGUAGUCUGAUGAGAAUUCCAGGCUUUGUUCCACCACCAGGUAAGAGAGAACAGCCCUGGAUGUGACUGACUUUCCAUGGCAGAACCCCAAAGUUAGCAAAUCUGUUUCUUUUCAAACUUCCUUUUCUUUAGUGGUGUUCAGGGUUCUCCAGUAUUCCCAUUAGCAUUCUCUCUCCCUCUCCCUCUCCCUCCCCCUCCCCUUCCCCCUCCCUCUUCCUCUCUUUCCCUCC